AUGGAUAUUACAAUUCACCGCCCCUGGAUGCGCUGCCCGGUCCUGAACCCGCAGCUCUUCCCCAGCCGGAUCCUGGGCCAGAGGUUCGGAGAAGGCAUCCUGGAAUCGGAUCUGUUCUCCCCGAUGCCUCUGGGUGUGAACCCAUACUACAUGCGUGCACCCAGCGUCCCCCAGCUGGAGACCGGACUGUCCGAGGUGAAGCUGGACAAAGACCAGUUCUCUGUGAUGCUGGACGUCAAACAUUUCUCCCCCCAAGAGCUGACAGUCAAAGUUGUUGGUGACUACGUGGAGGUGCACGCCAAGCACGAGGAGCGCCAGGAUGAACACGGCUUCAUCUCCCGCGAGUUCCACCGCCGAUACAAGAUGCCUGCAACAGUCAAUCCGGCCUCCAUCACUUCAGCACUGGCCGCCGACGGACUGCUCUCCAUCCAAGCACCGGUCAUAGACACGGCCAAGGCUGAAGAGAGGAGCAUUCCAAUCGCACGGAAGGAGAAGUGA